UUUUUUCACACUGGGACGAGCGGUCAGAUCCGAAGGAAGAAGUCGCUGGAACGGAGACCAGCUCCAAAUAAUGUGAAUAAAUCUCCUGCUGAAAGAAACGCACACACAAAGCAUCAGAGCCCUCGGACAUGGAUGUCGUGGACCAGGACGCACUAGGCCGUUGGGACGGGCUCAGCAGCCGUGACGCGGGCUCCCGGGACUCCGCCAUGGAGACCAUCCAGCAGGAGCUGAUGAGGAUUGUGGAGGCCAUCGGGCACGCUCCAGCAUCCCAACCCCGGUCCCCUGCCUCACCGGGGCCACCCUGCAGAGUCCUCAACGGCAUCCUGGCCCACCUCCUCAUGCUGUCCAAGCGCUGCCCCUUCCAGGACAUCCGAGAGAGAUGUGGUUGGCUCCUGCAGACCGUCCAGGACCUGGGAGUGCGGAGCCCAAGGCCUCUGGCUAAUGGACCCAGCAGAUUCAUCCCUGAAAAAGAGAUCCUUCACGUCAGCAAAGGGGAUGACAGGACACAAUCAAUAUUCGAGGACGCCUUCGUGGCCCUGGGUCGCCUUGACAACAUUUCGCUGGUCAUGGGCUUCCAUCCACAAUACCUAGAAGGUUUCCUUAGGACGCAGCACUACCUGCUGCAGAUGGACGGCCCCUUGUCCCUACACUACCGCCACUACAUAGGCAUCAUGGCCGCAGCCCGGCACCAGUGCUCUUACCUGGUGAACCUGCAUGUCAACGACUUCCUGCAGGUGGGGGGGGACCCUAAGUGGCUCAAAGGGCUGGACGGGGCCCCCCAGAAGCUGCAGCACCUCGGGGAGCUCAACAAGAUCCUGGCCCACCGGCCUUGGCUGCUCACCAAGGACCACAUCGAGCAUCUUCUGAAGGCAGAGGAGCACAGCUGGUCGCUGGCGGAGCUGAUCCACGCCGUGGUGCUGCUGACCCACUACCACUCCCUGGCCUCCUUCACCUUUGGCUGCGGCAUCACCCCCGACAUCCACUGUGAGGGCGGCCACACCUUCCGGCCCCCCUCGCUCAGCCAGUACUGCGUCUGCGACAUCGCCAACGGGAAUGGCCACGCCUAUCACCACGACGACCUGCUCGGCAAUGAGGAGGUGUCGGGCGAGGUGGAGGUUCUGAUGGAGAAGAUGAAGCAGCUGCAGGAGUGCCACGAGGAGGAGACCAGCCAGGAGGAGAUGGUGGAGCGCUUUGAGCGGGAGAAGACGGAGAGCAUGCUGGUGGUGACGGCGGAGGACGAGGAGAGCGCGCCCUCCCGGGAUGUGUCCCGCCACUUCGAGGACCCCAGCUACGGCUAUAAGGACUUCUCCCGGCGCGGCGAGCACGUGCCCACCUUCAGGGUGCAGGACUACAGCUGGGAGGACCACGGCUUCUCCCUGGUCAACCGGCUGUACCCGGACGUGGGUCAGAUGCUGGACGAGAAGUUCCAGAUGGCGGCCAGUUUGACCUACAACACCAUGGCGUCUCACAAAGACGUUGACACGUCCAUGCUGCGCAGGGCCAUCUGGAACUACAUCCACUGCAUGUUCGGCAUCAGAUAUGACGAUUAUGAUUACGGGGAGAUAAACCAGCUGUUGGACCGUAGCUUUAAAAUCUACAUCAAGACCAUGGUGUGCAUUCCUGAGAAGACCACAAAAAGAAUGUACGAGAGCUUCUGGAGGCAGUUCCAGCACUCGGAGAAGGUCCAUGUUAACCUGCUUCUAAUGGAAGCGCGCAUGCAGGCGGAACUGCUGUACGCUCUGAGAGCGAUCACCCGCUACAUGACAUGAAGUGCUCUGUGGCAUUUUUAUUGUUGUCCUUUCACUGUUGUUGGUGUUGUUCAUUACGGGACACUUUGAGGAAAAAAACAAAAAAAAAAGACGGAAGGGCGGAAAGAAAAUUCUAAAAAAUGUGAAACUGGAGCAGAAGAGAAGCGGCGGUCUUGUGAACAUGUCUGUCCCGCUGUAUGAAGAGGAUCAGAACAAACGGAUGAAGGACUGACGGAACAUCUACCGCAAUGGUCGUGGCGGUCUCCUCCCUCUCCACCCUGCUCCUCAGACCUCCACCUUGGGGAGCCGCAACUCCUGCCUGCUCCUCUCCCGCAGUGCCAAACCUGGAGAAAGUUUGUGUUGUGGUUGGGGGGGGCUGGGCCAAAUCUCAAAUCAGUAUUUCUCCAUGUGGUGGCCGCCCCCCUCAUCUGGGUCCCCCAUGCGGGAGCAUCAGAGACGGCUCAAGGGCCGCUCCGGCCCCCCCCCCCCCUCCCAGUCUCUGGAUGUGCAGAGCUUUGGUCUGCCCUGCCGUUAACAUAGUCACUGUGUAGUUUCAUUGAAUAUCUUUGUAUUUUGUUUAUUAUUAUCAAUAGAAGUUGAAUGUUGACGAUGUCUUGUUGUUGUUUCACGGUGUGGUUGGCUGUUUUUUUUUUUGUUUCCGUGGCGACUGGCGAGAAUGGAAGCAUACCUGUCAGGUGAUAUCAACUGUGUGCCUGAGCUACCCUGGUGCAGCCGCGCUGGUGCUAAUGCUCUCAUGUAUUCACACAGAGUCAUAUUGACUCCUCGCCCUACCCCAAAAAUGUGACCCACCGCCUCUUCCCCUUUCUCUCUCAAUAAGACCUCCCCUCCAGAGCUAACCUAACCAGCCAUCCCCAUCCCCGAACAACUGUCUACGUAAGCUAAUCUUAAGGAUUGUGAAAAGCAAAGAAGUUGCGGAGAGAAAUAUAGUACACUGUUUUGGGCUCUAUUCAAUGAGAUGUAUGUAUGCUAAGUGUGUGUGUGGUUAAGUCUGUGUGUUGUGACCGCCUUCUAGGAGCACGGCCGUACAAGUGAGAAAGUGUUCAGAAGAAUAUAUCAGAAGAAAUCUUGAAUUUCAAGUUACUUUUUUUUUUUUUUUAUAUAUAUAGCGAGGCACUUUGAAGGAAUGUCACUUCUCGGCUUCUGCUGUAGCUAUGUUAUCGUGAGGUGACUGUUAAAUGGUAUGUUAUCUUUCAAGAUAAAAGAAAAAGAGGAAAUAAGACCAGUUACUCAUAAAGAAAGGAGGUUUGCUAAAGCCAAGUCUUCCAGGAGGGAUUUGCUCCCGGUUGUCCCAAGAACCGUCUUGUCUUCCGCUCAUACCUGUCCGGUCACCCCCUUAACAACUUUUUGAAGCUUUAGAUUGUGAAUUUAUACCCAAAAAAUAAAUACCUCGUGUUAAAAACAUGUAAAGAAGUGCUCUUUGGCGAGUAGAACGACUUAUCGGGGGCUUUUAACUACUCUAGUUGGUCUGGAAACAAAAACUUCCCAUUAGCAGAAGGUUGUAGCAAAGCUUGUUUAACCUAACCAGUGAAAACAAGUUUUUAUUUGAAUUUUUAGUUAUAUCAUUUUUUACCGGAGGCACCGACUCCAAUGUUGUUGUUUACUAAAUGCAUUCUACUAAAGGUUGUGUUCUUGAGGCAUGAUGAAAGGAACAACUUGGGAGUUGAAUGUUUGCUUAAUAUCAUCGUGAUGGUGGUUCUUAAGAGGAAAUGGAGGUUUUUAUCAAACCCUGACUGAUGUCAGUUACUGACACCUUUUUAUACGAAAAAAAAUGUAAUAAAAAAAUCUAACCUUAUUAAUCAUCAUUUGUAAUUUUCUAAUAUACGUUCUGUGUUUUA